AUGGAGAGAGACAUUCGGAGGCUAGAGCAAGCUAUCGAGGAGAACAUUGCUCGCCUGGGAAGCUGGCGAUUGAGGAGAGAGGAAGCUAGCGGCCAUGUAAGUCCCCCGACGGGUCCCAACGGCGCGAGUGCACCGCGACGGCGGCCCGCCGCGACCGAUGCUAGGGCAAUGCUUGAUGGGCUGCCUCCGUCGGCCGACACACCGGGCCCCCGACAGCGAGCAGUGACGCCUGCAACGCCAGCUAAGACUCUCAGUGAGGCGCUCCUUCAGGCUGAAAGGGCCGAGCUGGUGCUCACCCCGCCACCUAACCAGCAGGUGCACUCCCCAAACUACCCUCAAAUCAGAGCCGCAGACUGCGACGGGGAGGGGGCGGUCGCGGAGAUAUGCCAGCUGCAGCCCUCGGUGCCUCGGAGGCGUCGUCGUCGUCCCACCGACCGCUGUUACCGCACCUGCCCCGACGGCCAGAACCACAAAGCCGCAGGGAAACUGGGUGGGAGCGGUGUAGUGAGGGGACCACCGCCCCAGUUUCCUGCCCCCCUCCAAGGACGAUGCACGGUGGUGGGCCGGGUUGGACACCUCAAGGGACUCUACCUGAGCUGCUGCGUUGAGGCCCAGCCAUGCCGGGCCCUGGUGGACACGGGGUCUACCAUCUCCCUGAUACGACCUGGCGUGCUUCCUGGAACGUCCGGGUCGUUGGUCGAGGGUUGGUCGCCCACCGACACCCAGCUGAUGACAGUGACGGGGGAGAGAGCUGAUAUGCGGGGGAAGAAACCGUUGCAGAUCCAAGUGGAGGAUCUGGAGCUGAUUCACGACUUCUGGCUUGCUGACAUUCAAGACCAGUGCAUCAUCGGCCUGGAUCUGCUGACCCGCUGGGGGGCCUGCGUCGACACUGCAAAGCGGGCUAUCACUCUUGGCACAGAGACUCUUGCCCUCCAGUGCGGUCAAAAGCAGGGGGCGGAGGGAACCCGAGCCAGACGAGACAGGCGUCGGGCGGCUGCCGCUCAGCAGAUUUCGGGUGCCGGUGGCUCUGGGUCAUCUCUACGCACCUCAGCCCCGGUCUCUCAACCCGAUAAAUCUCCCUCGACCGAGACAACCGAGGCUGUUGGUGACCUGUGGCAGCGCAGCAGCGUAGGUCUCAACGUUGACCAGCGCCAGCGGUUGAGGUGCCUUCUGGACGAGAAUGUGGACAUCUUUGCCGCCAGUGACAAAGACUGCAGGCAGACGGGGCUGGUCCAGCACACCAUCGACACCGGCUCUGCUCAACCCAUCCAUCUGCGCCCACACCGGCCGCCCCUCUCCAAACGGCAGGUGGCAGAGGAAAAGAUCCGUGAGAUGGCUGCGGCUGGGGUGAUCGAGCCGUCCAACAGCCCAUGGGCGGCACCCGUGGUCCUGGUGGGGAAGAAGGACGGCAGCCCGAGGUUCUGCGUGGAUUUUCGCCGUCUCAAUGCAGUCACCAAGAAGGACUCGUACCCGCUUCCACGGAUCGACGAGGCCCUGGAUUACGUUACCGGCUCCAGCUGGUUCAGCUCCCUUGACCUACGCAGCGGCUACUGGCAGGUGGAGCUAGCCCCGACAAGGCCUAAGACUGCAUUCACCAUUGGACAGGGGCUGUGGCAGUUCAGGGUCAUGCCAUUUGGGCUCUGCAAUGCGCCAGCGACGUUUGAGAGGCUGAUGGAGAGGGUGCUCGUGAACAUCCCUCGUAGCCGCUGUGUUGUGUACCUGGAUGACCUGUUGGUGCACGGUGGCGACUUCGACAGUGCGCUGUCUCACCUGAGCGAGGUCUUCAGCGCCAUCCGUCAAGCUGGGCUGCGGCUCAACCCUGCGAAGUGCCGGCUGUUGGCGAGAGAGACUACGUUCUUGGGCCAUGUGAUCAGCGCUCAGGGUAUCGCCACCGAUUCCGCAAAGGUGGCUGCGGUCCGGGACUGGCCGACUCCCUCGAACGUCAAAGAACUGCGGAGCUUCCUGGGCCUAGCCUCCUACUACCGUCGGUUCAUCAAGGGGUUCGCGACGAUAGAGCCCCUCCACCGCCUGACUGACAAGGGCCAGCCGUUUGGCUGGGGUGAUGCCUGCGCUGCGGCUUUUGCACAGCUGAAGGAGGCCCUCACCAGAGCCCCAGUUCUGGCCUACCCCGACGCCCGGCAGCCUUUCAUUGUGGACACUGACGCUAGCAAUGUCGGAGUCGGGGCGGUCCUUUCCCAGCAGGGCGAGGCCGGAGAACGAGUGGUGGCAUACUUCAGCCGUGCUCUGGGGCGAGCCGAGAGGAACUACUGCGUGACCCGGCGGGAGCUGCUGGCCGUAGUGCUAGUGGUGCGGCACUUCCGGCCAUACCUGCACGGUUGCCGGUUCCUCCUGCGCACUGACCAUGCAUCUCUGACCUGGCUCCUGAACUUCAAACACCCAGAAGGCCAGGUGGCCCGCUGGCUUGAGGUCCUUAAGGGCUACGACUUUGAGAUCCAGCAUCGGGCAGGUCGGCAGCAUGGCAACGCUGAUGCCCUCUCCAGACGGCCCUGCAUGGCCGUCGAGUGCCGCUACUGUCUGCGACAGGAGGAGCGGGCUCAGGAGGCGCUGGGGGUGGCUACUGCUCAGGCCACAGCCAGCGGAGGGGAAGGGCCCCACUCAAUGCUCCACUGCCCCCUUCAGCAGUACUUGGUGGGGGCCCCGAUGGAGCGAGUGGGAGUGGACGUCCUAGGGCCGUUCCCCGUUACGGAGUCAGGGAACCGGUACGUGCUGGUGGCGAUGGACUAUUUCACAAAGUGGCCAGAGGCCUAUGCGGUGCCGGACCAGAGUGCGACGACGACGGCAGAGAGGCUGGUGGAGGAGAUGUUCGCCCGUUUUGGGGUCCCGGCUGAGCUCCACAGUGACCAGGGGCGUAACUUCGAAUCGAAGGUCUUCGGGGAGAUCUGUCGGCGGCUGGGGGUGGAGAAGACGAGGACCACACCGCUUCACCCGCAAAGCGACGGCUUGGUCGAGCGCUUUAACCGCACGCUGGCCACCCAGCUCGCCAUUCUCACCAGCCACCACCAGCGGGAUUGGGAUCGACAUCUGCCCCUGGUCCUUUGGUCGUAUCGGACUGCGGUGCAGGAGUCCAGCCAGUGCACGCCUGCCGCUUUGAUGUUUGGGCGGGAGCUCCGGACGCCUGUGGAUCUGGUGUUUGGGUCCCCCCCUGAGCCGGAGAUUGAUGGUGGGCCAGAGAUGGACUACUACAGGAGGCUGAGGGAGCGGCUGCAGGUGGUUCACGACUACACCCGCCAGGCCCAGGCCAGCGCCGGAGUACGGCAGAAAAGAGCCUACGACACCAGGUGCCGGGGGGAGGCUUUUGUGCCUGGUGCUAAGGUUUCGGUGUACUGCCCGGUUCGCAAGAGAGGAGUGUCCCCGAAGCUCUGCAGUCACUGGCAAGGGCCGGCGGAGGUCGUGGAGCGGCUAACAGAAGUGGUGUUCCGUGUUCGCAUGCCGGGCCCGGGGCGCCUGGUGGUGUUGCACCAGGACAGACUCUCGCCGUAUCGACCGCUCGCUCCGGUGGAUGCCGGGGCAGGGGAUGCUGGCAGCGCCCCAUGUUCUGACCCGAGUGACUUUUCCCCCACCUGUCGUGACCGGCCGGUGCGCCAGAAGAAGGCACCGGGACGUUUGCAGGACUUUGUGUGGGACAACAAUUCUGAUUGCAGGAUCAGGGCAGUAACAAAAAAAACAACAACAACCAAACAAAAAAGGAUUGACGAGUCUCUCGAUUUAGUAGCCGGAUCCUCCUGGUUCUCCACCCUGGACCUGCGGAGUGGCUACUGGUCGGUGCCACUGUCCCCUGAGUCCAGACCGAAGACAGCCUUCUGUACCAACAGGGGACUAUGGCAGUUCAAAGUCCUGAGCUUUGGUCUUUGCAACGCUCCUGCUACGUUCGAGAGGCUUAUGAACAGUGUGCUGGCUGGUGUCCCACGGCAAUGGUGUCUGGCCUAUUUGGAUGACCUUCUAGUACACGGGAGCUCCUUUGAUGCUGCCCUGGAUGCCCUCAGACAAGUGUUGGGGAGGGUGACAGCUGCAGGCCUGAAGCUGCACCCUGACAAGGGCCACUUCAUGAGGAGGGAGGUGGAGUUUCUGGGCCACAAGCUGGGUCAUGAGGGCAUCAGCACUUGGGAGGAAAAGAUUCACAUCAUUGUCGGGCCGGAUGGUGAGAAGGUGGUGGCGUACUUGAGCUGGGUCCUGAACAGGAGUGAGUGGCGCUACUGUGUCACACGACGACAGCUACUGGCUGUGGUGGCAGGGGAGACAGAGCGGGAACUCACAGCAAUGGACGGAGCAACACAGUUUGCCUGCAGGGCCCUCCUGGUGUUGGAGGCAGCGGAGUGGAGGGCACGAAAGGAACAAGACACUGACCUGCUUCCAGUCCUACAGUGGCUGGAGAGGGAGGAGUGGGAUGAGGUCACUGGGUUUUCCAUCUGUACCAGGGGGCUGUGGGCCAAGUUUAAUGCUCUCAGGCUGAAGGAGGGGGUGUUGGAGCGUGCCUGGAAGGAUCCUGCCACAGGGGAGGAGAGGUGGCAGGUUGUGGUGCCAAGGACGCUGAGGUCACCUGUGCUGGAAUCCUGCCAUGGGAGCACUGGCUCCGGCCACUUUGGGGUCUCCAAGACCCUCCGCCGCCUCCGCCAGGGCUACUACUGGGGGCCACAGGACCAGUCCCGGGCUCAGCUUCAGCAGCAACCAGCAGGAGCUCCAAUGGAGCAGGUAGCUGUGGACAUCAUGGGCCCAUUUCCUCGUACAGACAGAGGGAACAGCUAUGUCCUUGUGGCCGUGGACUAUUUUACCAAGUGGCCGGAAGCAUAUGCCAUCCCAGACCAGGAGGCUGAGACUGUCGCUGAUGCAUUAGUGGAGGGGAUGUUCAGCCGCUUUGGAACAGCAGUGACCCUCCACAGUGACCAGUGGCAUAACUUUGAGUCCAAAGUAUUUGCUGCCAUGUGCAUACGCCUUGUGAUUAAGAAGACCCACACCACCCCACUUCACCCCCAAAGCGAUUGA